AUCACCACCCUACUGCAGGUACUGCGGGAACCACUCGCCGGAGUCCUCCUCUGACUCGCGCCGCCGCGUCCCCUGUCCCGUCGACCCCUCCCACACGGUGUUCGAGGGGAACCUGGAGGCUCACAUCGGCAAGUGCCCCUUCAGGAAGCAUGCCGACGCGCUGGCCGCGCAGCCGUACUACUCCAAGGGCAUCAACUCUGGCGGGGGAAUGGCCGGUGUCGCCGCGGUCACCUCCGCCGCCAAGCGCGCCUCCGUGCACAAGCUCUCCGAGGAGGAAUUCUGGGCCUUGGUUGCGAAGAUCCGGUCGGCGCACGCGGCGGCGGCCGUCCAAAUGCGCGAGUCUUACAUUGCCCUGGACGCCUGUGAUAAGUGGAUGAAGGGACAAGUUGAUAGGAAUGUGCCGUAUCAGGAGAAGCACGUUGUGCAGCAGGUGUCGAUCAUGGGGAACAUGGAGACAUUUGGUUUGCUGCCGAGAGGUGGUGCUGAGGAUGCAACGAAGGAGAUCGCGUUGAAGAAUGCUCCGGCAGUUGUUGAAUUUGGUGCUGGGAGGGGUUACUUGACUCAGAUGUUGGCAGACUGUUAUGGGAUCAAGAAUAUCUUCUUGGUCGAGAGACGAUCGUACAAGCUCAAGGCUGAUCGAAGUUUAAGGCAAAAUGAGGGUGUUAAAUUGGAGCGUUUGAGGAUAGAUAUUGAGGAUUUGAGCUUGCGUGGAGUAAAAGCGUUGAGUGGAAGUCAGUAUCUAGCAAUCGGAAAACAUCUAUGUGGGCCUGCAACAGAUAUGACCAUAAUGUGCUGUCUUCAUGAACUACACAAUCGUACAGAAGAGAAAGGCCACGACAAGCAUCAUCUCCGGGGCCUUGCUUUAGCCACCUGCUGCCACCAUCUUUGCCAAUGGAAGCAUUAUGCAAAUAAAGCUUUCCUCUCUGGACUAGGGAUUGCGGAGGAAGAGUUCCAUGCCAUGACAUGGUUUAGCAGUUGGGCUGUGGAUGGUGACCACAGCUCCCAGGACUCUUUGGAGUCUGAAGACUCAUCUUCUGAAGUAAUCAGGAGGAAUGACGAGCCCUUGCACUUGGUGAACUUUGAGGAGAAGAAGCUUACAUACAUACUGUAUAUGGUGCACGCCACAAGAGGUUCCUCCAAUCGGACCAUGUUGGGCAUGAGCGUAGCCUUGGUGGAAGUCACGGCAUUUGUACCUGGCACCGUUCGUCGUCUAUUUCGAGAAAUUGACCAUGCUCGUCCGCCUGCGCUCGCCUCCGCAGCCGCCACGAUCCUUCCCCUCGAUCUGCAUACACUUGCAUUGGAGCCACACACAUGUAUGGAAUGGUGGGACCGAGUGGUCAGUUUUUGCAUCAAACGACUUUAGGACGCCCGUCUAGCCGGCGCCCAGCCGCCCAGUAUAAUUAGCGAGCGACCGGUUAUUUAAGGAAAUUUCUUGUCUCCUUUCCUAAUCAGGAAAUCUUUCUCAUCUAAUUCAUUUCCCCGCAAUGUAUUAAAUAGCAAUAUAG